AUGAAUUUGAAGUUGAUUUCAAGUCAACGUUUAGUUGCUGGUAAGUCUAAAGUAAUAUGAUAUGAUUUAUGUUGUUAUAAGGGUUUUAAAGCUUUCUAUUGGCAAGAACUUUGUUUACAGUGCAAAAAAUGGCAAGAGCUUUCUUUACAACGCAAAAAAUGGCAAGAACUUUCUUUACAAAACAAAAAAUGGCAAGAACUUACUUUACACAACAAAAAAUAGCAAGAACUUUUUUUACAACCCAAAAAAUGGCAAGAACUUUCUUUACAAAACAAAAAAUGGCAAGAACUUUCUGUACAAAACAAAAAAUGGCAAGAACUUUUUUUACAACCUAAAAAAUGGCAAGAACUUUCUUUACAAAUCAGAAAAUGACGAGAACUUUCUUUACAAGCCACGCCAUGUCAAAAUUUGUUAAAAAAUGUGAUUUCAGGUGUACUGCUAGUCCUACUAAUUGUUUUACCAUGCAUUCCAAGUGCUCCAGCUGAUCCUAUAGCCGAGUUAUUUUCUUCUUUAAAUGGUAACUUUCUCGUAUGUUUAUGAUAACUAAACUACAGCUUCUGUUUUUACUAUGUUUAAUCGAAAGUGAUUUUAGAACAUGAGCAACGUAAACUGACUACUACAACACUGUCGAAUAAGUCUUCGAACGACUCUCCUCCUUUUGGUAAGUUGUUAUAACGAAGAUGUAAUGACAUAUGUUGGAGUUUUACUGUAGUGUAAGGCCAGUAUAAGUCAAGAGUUUUAAGAGACAUAAUAUAGGUAUGAUAUAGUACAGUGUAGAUAUGUAACCUAGGGGUACCUUAUGGUACAAUGAGGGUGGGGAGGGUACUUACGGUAAAAUGGGGGGAGAUGAAGGUAUGGUAGGGCACAAUAAGGUUAUGUCGUAUAUGUACUAUAAGGUGAUAAAUUACUGUAGGUAAGGUAGGCUACCAUAGGGUACGGUUGGGUACGGUAAGGUACGGUAAAUACUGUAAAGCAGGGUAAAGUAUGGUAGGGCAGGGUAGAGUACGGUAUAGGGAUACCUUAUAGUACAAUCGGGAUGGGGGUACUUAUGGUACAAUGGGUGAGGUAAAGGUAUGGUAUGGCACGAUAGGGUUAUUGAAUGAUGCGGUUAGAGUACAGUAUAAUCUCUUCUCCUUCUUUUCUCUUCUUCCCCCCCCUCUCAUCAGUUUUCAUAGAGUACGGUAGAGCGUAGAGAUAUGGCACAGUAAGGGUACGGUAAGAUAAGGUGUAGUAUGGUCUGGUAGGAGUAUAGUACGGAAUAGACUUUGAGACGCUUCAGGUUAAUAAUACGGUAGAUAGAUAGAUAUAUGACACGGUAAGGGUAUGGAAAAGUAGUGAGGGGUAUGGUGCAGUAGGAAUAUAGUACAGAAGGGUGGUGCUUUGAUAAGCUAGGGGUAUUAUGUAGUACGGCAGGGACGUGGCGUGAUACGGUAAGGGUAAGGCGUAAUACGGUUGAGCUAUGGUAUAAUACGGUAGUAUAAAACUAUAAUAUGAUAAAUUACGGUAGGUAAGAUAGGGUAGGGUAGGCAAGUGUACGGUAGGAUACGGUAGUGUACGGUAGGAUACGAUAGGGUACAAUAGGAUACGGUAGUGUACGGUAGGAUACGAUAGGGUACAAUAGGAUGCGGUAGUGUAAGGUAGUAUACGAUAGGGUACAAUAGGGUACGGUAGUGUACGGUAGUAUACGAUAGGGUACAAUAGGGUACGGUAGUGUACGGUAGUAUACGAUAGGGUACAAUAGGGUACGGUAGUGUACGGUAGUAUACAUGGCAAGAACUUUCUUUACAAAACAAAAAAUGGCAAGAACUUUCUUUACAAAACAUAAAAUGGCAAGAACUUUCUUUACAAAACAAAAAAUGGCAAGAACUUUCUUUACAAAACAUAAAAUGGCAAGAACUUUAUUUACAAAACAUAAAAUGGCAAGAACUUUCUUUACAAAACAAAAAAUGGCAAGAACUUUCUUUACAAAACAAAAAGUAGCAAGAACUUUCUUUACGAAACAAAAAAUGGCAAGAACUUUCUUUACAAAACAAAAAAUGGCAAGAACUUUAUUUACAAAACAUAAAAUGGCAAGAACUUUAUUUACAAAACAUAAAAUGGCAAGAACUUUCUUUACAAAACAAAAAAUGGCAAGAACUUUAUUUACAAAACAUAAAAUGGCAAGAACUUUCUUUACAAAACAAAAAAUGGCAAGAACUUUAUUUACAAAACAUAAAAUGGCAAGAACUUUCUUUACAAAACAAAAAAUGGCAAGAACUUUCUUUACAAAACAAAAAAUGGCAAGAACUUUAUUUACAAAACAUAAAAUUGCAAGAACUUUAUUUACAAAACAUAAAAUGGCAAGAACUUUCUUUACAAAACAAAAAAUGGCAAGAACUUUCUUUACAAAACAAAAAAUGGCAAGAACUUUCUUUACAACCCAAACUAUGUCAAAAUUUGUAUAAAAAUGUAAUUUCAGAUGCGCUGCUGGUCCUACUAGCUGUUCUACCAUGCAUUCCAAGUGCUCUAGCUGAUCAUUUGGCCAAUAAUCAUAAAAUUGUUAGUUCAACCGGUACGGAAAAAAUCGACUAUCCCUUGUUUUCACCACAAAGCCCAACAUAUAUACGUAAGAUGUUUUUAAAAACUUUUUUGAAAUUGAAUUUUAGGCUUUUCAGAAUACUGUAGCUUAGUUCAACUCUACAUUAUAUUGUAACCCCAUUCCUACUCUACAGUAAACCUAACCUUAUCAGGGUAGGGUAGGGUAGGGUAGGGUAGGGUAGGGUAGGGUAGGGCAGGGUAGGGUAGGGUAGGGUAGGGUAGGGUAGGGUAGGGUAGGGUAGGGUAGGGUAGGGUAGGGUAGGGUAGGGUAGGGUAGGGUAGGGUAGGGUAGGGUAGGGUAGAGUAGGGUAGGGUAGGGUAGGGUAGGGUAAGUCUUACAGUGUAUUUUAGCUACCCAGACCCUAUAGUAUACUGUAGCUUUGCUCAACUCAACCGUAUAUUGCAGUUUAGUCUUACUCUUCUGUAUACUGUAGCCUAGCCUGCAGUAUAUCUUAACCUACGAGAACCGUACAGUAUACUGUAGUUUAACUCAAUCUUGUAGUAUGGUGUAGCUUACCCUACAGUAUAUCGUACCCUACUCCUGUUCUACAACAUACUGUAAGCUACCCUUACUCUACAGUAUACCGUACCCUACCCUUAUCCUACAGUAUACUUUAUUUUACCCUUACUCUACAGUAUACCGUUUUCUACUUCUAUUCUACAGUAUACCAUACCUUACCCUUACCCUACAGUACACCGUACUUUACUCUCACUCUACAGUGUACCGUACCCGACAUUUAUUUUACAGUACACCGUACCUUACCCUUAUUCUACAGUAUACUGCAUCCUACCCUUACCCUACAGUAUACUGUACCUUACCAUUAUCCUACAGUAUAUUAUGUUCUAGCCUUAACAGAGAUCAGGGUAUGCUACUACUUCUAUUCUUCAGUCCUAACUUACAGUAACUUUUAGUGGAGGUGAACAUAUUGUUGUGCAUACUCGUUGCCUCAUGCCUUGCUUGUACUGGCAGUUCAAUCGGGUUCUUUUGUUACGGAAGAUCAAAGCGGAUCAAACAGGAAAUGGCAAUCGCUGA